AUGAGUUCUGUCGUUAGAAGAGCUUCUCAUGCUGGUAGUUGGUAUUCUUCAGACCGUAUUAAGCUUAACAACCAGUUGCAGAAAUGGUUGUCUGAAGUAACUGUUGAUCGACAACCAGCCCGUGCUAUCAUUUCACCACAUGCGGGUUAUGACUAUUCGGGGCCUUGUGCUGCGUUUGCGUACAAACAAAUAGACCCUCGUCACAUUAAACGUAUUUUCGUAUUAGGUCCUGCACAUUAUAUGAGCCUCAGAGGAAAAUGCGCUCUAUCCACAGCGGACUUCUUCGAGACUCCAUUGUACUCCUUGUCAAUUGGUAGAGAUGUAUACCAAGACCUCGAAAAAACAGGAGAGUUUGUUAGUCUCACUUUGGACAAAGACGAAGAAGAGCAUUCCAUAGAAAUGCAAAUGCCAUAUAUAGCAAAAAUGAUGGAAGGUUACCAAGGCAAAUUCUCUGUAGUACCAAUUUUGGUAGGAUAUUUGACUCCAGAAAGAGAAGCAGUUUAUGGUCAGAUUUUCUCUCGAUACCUAUCAAAUCCCGAGAACUUCUUCGUGAUAUCUUCUGAUUUUUGUCACUGGGGAAAAAGGUUUCAGUACACCUACUAUGAUCAAAGUAAAGGAGCAAUCUGGCAAUCCAUACAAGCACUUGAUGAAACGGGAAUGGAGUUAAUUGAGCGACUUGCUCCUUCUGAAUUUACAAGUUACUUGGAGCAGUAUGGUAACACCAUAUGCGGACGACACCCGAUAGGCGUAUUACUGCAAAUCGUUACGUAUUUACGCAGGAAUAUGCCCAAUAACAAUUUUAACAUGAAGUUUGUACGAUAUGCCCAAUCAGAACACUGUAAUAAUAUGAACCAAUCAUCUGUCAGUUAUGCAGCUGGUGUGCUACAAAUAUCUUGA